AUCACCUCAAUCACUUUGAUUAUCCAAGUGAUUGGGAAUUUUCUAAGCAUCGGAAUGCUCACUUUCGAGCAUUCCGAUUAUCUACCGUAUCUUUCAAUUAUUCGCCCAUUUGUUAGUGAUGGUUUGACACUUGUUCAACCUUGGUUACUGUACUUUUUCAGCUCUCCGAUGCGCAAAAAACUACAACAAAUGUUCAAGAGGAGUUCUCCUGCUACCGUGGCUACUGUAGUUUUCAAAAGUCGAUCUGUAUAA